CAACUCGAGUAAAGAGCUUCAAGUUUGCAUAGUCUCAAAAAAUAACAUGUUCGAAGAUGUCGAAAAUGUCCAUGAAACCAACAAUUUAAAACAAAACCAGGCCAGCUUUGUAGCUUUAGGCCCAUUCUAACACAUUAAUUUAUGUUUUGUGCAACUCUAAAACUUUCUCUAUAUAAAUGGUAUCUAAACCCUAGAUCUAAUAGUAAGUGCCGAAGAAAUCUCUCAAGUCUCUCUCGUUGUCUCAGGGUUGCAACAUUUUGUAGAGAAAAUGGGUUCAUAUGCAUCAGAUUCUGCAAUGUUGAAGACUUGGAGAAAGACUCCUCCUUCGUCUUGUUCUCUUGUCAGACUUUCACAUCUUUCUUCACUACAAGCAUAUAUAACUAAGAAAUGUUGCCUUUUUUGUAAAAAUCAGGAGAUUGGUUGUUUACCCAAAAGGAAACGAAGAGGACAAUGGAAAGGGCUUUGUGUCUAUGUAUGUGGAAUGUCUCUCAUCCACAACACCACCCAUUGAUGUGUUUGAUUAUCUCUCUUUCUUUGUCUUUAACAAGAAAGACAACAAGUACCUCUCAAUCCAAGAUGUUGAAGUUAAGCGUUUCAGUUCUUCUAAAACGGUUUGGGGAUUGCCAAAAGCUAUGUCGCUUGAAACAUUCACUGACCCUGCAAAGGGAUUUAUCGUGGAAGGAGAACCAUGUGAGUUUGGUGCUCAUGUGAAGAUUGCUUCAUCACCCGUCCCUGUUGAUGAGAAUCUCCCUUUUCACAAAUUCUCUUGGAGCAUUCGUGAUUUCUCUGUUCUGAAACAGAAUGAUUGCAUAUCUAAAACCUUUGCAAUGGGAGGAAAGAAUUGGACUCUAACUGUGUAUCCAAAGGGAGACUCUGAGGCAGAUAACGAGUUCUGCAAGUACUUGCAUUUAGCUGACGGUGAAGUCUUAUCGCCUGGUGAGAUGAUUUCCGUGCGAGCACAACUAAGGGCUUUAGACCCGCGUGGAUCCAAACACAAAACAGUCUGGCUUCAACAAUGGAUCAUGGCAGCGACCAAAGCGAGGGGUAUUCCUCAAUCCUUGUCUUUAGCUGAUCUUCAGGAGGCUUACUUGGAUGAAGAUACUUUGAAUGUGGAGAUCGAAUGUGAAGUUGUGAACUCUAGGAAAAUGUUUUAAGCGUAGAAGAGAAUGUGAAGUUGUUUCCACCAAACACUCUAUCUAUAUCUAUUUAGCUAUCAUGCCAUGUCUACUACUCUAGGACUAUUUGUGUUAAGCGUAGAACUGAAUGUGAAGUUGUUUCCACCAAACGCUCUAUCUAUAUUUAGGAAUAUCUCUUUGUCCAUCAUGCAUAUCUGACUAUUGUAUGACUACUCUGUUUUAUGUGUUUAUUUAAUGAACUUCUUAGUUAUUAAUU